AUGCGUCAGGUGUGGAUCCAAGCCGGCUAUGAAGCAGAGUACGGAACACAUGCUAAGUUCGGCUCAUCGUUGGAGCAAAACCCCACGCUACUGCAUGCAUUCUUGGAGUGCAGAGCAGAGCUCAUUCGGAACAAGCUGGCAGACCCGUCUUGCAAAUUCCGCUUGGAGAGCAGGCUCUCGCAAGUGAUGGAGUCUAUCAACACAACGCAAGUCAAAGCACAGGGCUUGGAAGCGCCUGAGACAUUCUUUGUUGAUGAGAAUGCGUUUGAAAAGCAUUUUGGCCGGAAGAUAACAGAUGAGGAGCUUGUGACGGAGGAGUUUAAUGGAGUCAAAAUGCGUGGUGCCAACGUCCUUACUGGUAGGGCUGGAUGGUUCAAGCGCAUUGACCAAGACAAGAAUGAAGUCAAUCGGGUGGCCAAUCUGACUGAUGAUAUCAACCUGGAUGCUUCUGGCCAGGCCUUUGACAACAUUCAUGCGGCAGCAAAGAAGGAGGUCUUCACCAAGCAUGUGGCUUCAGUGGAGUAUUGUAUGUUUCCGCCCAUUGUCCACUCCAAGGGAAAGUCUGAGGAGGCGGGUGCCUGA